AUGGAGUUAGAGAAUAAGCAUAUUUUCAACCGUCUCCGAAUGUUAAAAAAAUUUUACUGUGCAGCUCGGGAUAUGCUAAAUGCCAGUGGUUUCGGGUGGGAUGCAGACCGCAGUAUGGUGGUGGCAAUAGAUGAUGUUUGGGAUGGCUAUAUUUUGUCUCAUCCAUACACCGAGAGAGUGCGUGGAAAACACAUCGAGCGCUACAAUGAUUUGACAUAUUUAUUUGGCAAUGAUUGUGCACACGGUACAUUUGCCAGCACAGCGUACUCAUCUCCUCUUUCCGGCAAACGUCGCGGCAGAGAUGAACUCGAUUCUGAUGACAUGUCUAAUGACAAUGGUACUGCAACUGUUCGCCUAUCUUCGGAUUCUGAUGAUGAUCAUGUAAGUGGUGCGCCAUUUCAUCCUAAUGAAGGAUCACAACAGUGGUCAAAGAGGAUGCAGAAAGGGUCUAUGGAGACCUCUUAUGGGUCUAGAAAUAGCCAAAGGACCGCUAGUGGCAUAUCCCGAGAAAGAAAAGGAAAGCCAAGUGAUCAUAUAAGUGAUAGAAUGGGGGAAAUGGCAGAGGCCGUCAAGACCCUUACCAUAAUAAUGGCACGGGGCAAGACUAUGACCCGACUUCAAAAGUUGUUGGACAUACUGGAGGAGAUAGAUGGUAUGAGCCACGAAGGUCAGGUCCGCGCAGCUAGGUUGAUGCAACAAGAUAUUGUCAAAACAGGUUUCUUCAUAAAAAUGGGGCAUAAGAGGCGCAAUGCGUGGGUGGAAAAGCUCCUAGACCGCAAUCCGGUUGUCUGA